CCUCAGUUUCCCCAGCUGUAAAGUCCAAGGCCUGACUGCCUUUGUCUCUGACUCUUUCUAAGGGAGGAAGCAGCACCUUGAAAGUUCUCAAAAUUCUGAAAGGGGCAGUUUCACUGGAAAGUCAGAGUGUCUCUGAGCCCCACCAGGAGUUCCCCUUAGCCUGCUACUCCACAUGACUUGAGACAACUCAAGAAUAUCCUUUCUUUUGUUUUUCUCUGCAGGCGGACAGAUCCCUUGGCCCGCACGGCUCAGGAGAGGAUGAAGGCCAACACUGCAGCCUCCUCCCCGGAGGCCUGCAGAGCUGCAGGCCAGGGUGAGAAGGGCUGCCCUGUCUGCCAGGCCUGGGGAGGAAUCUCAGGCCUGGGGUCGGAGUCAGGGCCUGGGCCCGGGCCAGGUACUGCUUCAGGAUCUAGAGCAGAGCCUGCUACUGUUCUGGGGCCUAAUGCUAUGUCAGGACCUGGGCCGAGGCCUGGUGUGAUUCUAGAACCUGCACCAGGGCUUGGUGCUGGGUCCAGACAUGGGCCAGGGCCUGGUGUGGUUCUGGAAACUGGACCAGGGCCUGGUGUGUCUCUAGAACCUGGACCAGGACUUGGUGCUGGGUCCAGACAUGGGCCAGGGCCUGGUGUGGUUCUGAAAACUGGACCAGGGCCUGGUGUGACUCUAGAACCUGGACCAGGGCUUGGUGCUGUGUCCGGACAUGGGCCAGGACGUGGUGUGGUUCUGGAAACUGGACCAGAGCUUGGUGCUGGGUCCAGACCUGGGCCAGGACCUGGUCCUACAUCAGGACCUGGGCUGAGUCUGGGGCCUGGGGCAGGAGCUGGGUCAGCCCCUGGGCCGGUACCUAGGGCAGAAGCUGCACCAUUACCUGGACCAGGGGUAGAGCCUCGGCCCAGAAGUGGGUCUGGAACUGGGCCCAAACCCAGUGAGCCAGAGACAGCCACUACAUCAACCCCGCAGCUAAAGACUCAGGCCACACACAUGCAGGCCCCUCGGCAGAAGAUUCUGGUGACCGGAGGAGGAGGCUACCUGGGCUUUAGCCUGGGUUCCAGCCUAGCCAAGAGUGGCAGUUCCGUCCUACUGCUCGACCUCCGCAGACCGCAGUGGGAGCUGUCCCCGGGGACCGAGUUCAUCCAGGCGGAUGUCCGCGAUGAAGAAGCCCUGUACCGUGCCUUCGAAGGGGUGGACUGUGUCUUCCACGUGGCCUCCUAUGGAAUGUCCGGUGCUGAGAAGCUGCAAAAAGAGCAGAUUGAGUCUAUAAAUGUUGGAGGCACCAAACUGGUGAUCAGUGUUUGUGUCCGUCGGCGGGUCCCAAGGCUCAUCUACACCAGCACCGUCAACGUCGUUUUCGGCGGGAAGCCCAUAGAACAGGGUGAUGAGGACUCUGUGCCAUAUUUCCCGCUGGAGAAGCACACGGAUCACUACUCGCGGACCAAAGCCAUCGCCGACCAGUUGACCCUCAUGGCCAACGGAACUCCUCUCCCAGGAGGAGGCACUUUGCGGACGUGUGUGCUCCGGCCCCCAGGGAUCUAUGGGCCUGAAGAGCAGAGGCACCUGCCCCGCGUGGCGAGCCACAUCAAGAAGAGGCUAUUCAUGUUCCGAUUCGGGGACUGCAGGACGCGGAUGAACUGGGUGCACGUGCGCAAUCUGGUGCAGGCCCACGUGCUGGCAGCCGAGGCCCUCACUGCGGCCAAGGGCUACGUGGCUAGUGGCCAGGCAUAUUACAUCAAUGAUGGGGAGAGCGUCAACCUCUUCGAGUGGAUGGCCCCCCUGUUUGAGAAGCUGGGGUACAGCAAGCCCUGGAUCCAGGUGCCUACUUCCUGGGUUUACCUAGCAGCUGCAGUGAUGGAGUAUUUGCACCUGGCCCUGAGGCCCAUCUGUAGCAUCCCGCCGCUGCUGACCCGGAGCGAGGUGCACAGCGUGGCCGUGACGCACACCUUCCAGAUCGCCAAGGCCCGCGCCCAGCUUGGCUACGCGCCAGACAAAUUCCGCUUCACGGACGUCGUGGAACAGUAUGUGCGGUCCACGAGCCAGCGGCCCUGCGGCUGUACGGCGCGGACGCUCCUACGGCUGCUGCUCGGGCUGCUGCUGCUGCUCGGGCUGCUCGCCCUGGCCCUGCACCUGCUAGGCCUUCCGCGGUCCUUCGUCUGAUCUUCGUCCCUUGGCCGGAGUCGCCUACUGCCUACGCUCCAUCCUCCGGGCUUGGACCCGCCCCGGCCCAGCCUCCGGAUUUUCUCCGCCCAUUUCCCCGCCUACAUCCCCGCCCUUUAGGCUUGGACCCGCCCCGGGUCUUGACUCCGCCCUGUCCUCACCUCCGGGCUUGGACACGCCUCUGCUCCGCCUCUUGGGCCCUGGCCCCGCCUUCUGAGUCUGGGCCUGGCCGGGUUACUGAGCAGGUAGCCGCACAGCUUCAUCCGUUUUCCGGGCCUUCACCCACCCUUCUCUGCCUCGAAUUCUCCUCUGUUCUGGUUUCGCCCUCUUUCUGGCCCUACCGGUAUGAUUGCGCCCUCCCCUUCGUUUCUCUUUCGGACUGGCCCUGCCCCUCCCUCUGGAUCUUGUCCCUCCACUCUCCUAAUUGUCAUUCGGCAAUAGCCCCGCCCUCCUCCUCUCCGACUCCCCGCCCCUCUCCGGCCACGCCUCCUAAGGUUAGUUCCUGGGGCCUGGCCAGAGUCGUCUCCAGCAGGCAAGUACAGGCCUGGCUAGCAUUUGCAGAUUUCCCAGUCUAAUGCUGCCUGUCUAGGGACACCGGACCCUCCUGGCCGUUCGGGCUCCUCUGUGCUUGUCCUGAGAUCGUCUUGAAGAGACUCAUUCCAGGAGAGUUGCUUUUGAUCUGCUGCUACCUUAAUGUUUUGGGUUCACUCAGUCAUGUGUUAUCUCCGUCUGUGUUGAUAGUCAGGGUUGGAGGGACCCGGGAGACCUAGACUUCUGCCUGGCUGCCCGUAGCCUUUUUGGAUUUCCGGUUAACUAGCCUGGGGCUGACUUAGCUUAUUAAGCACAGGCUUCUGUACCAGCAAGGAUCUAAACCAAAACAAAACUUUUUAAGGUGGUCAAAAGGUAUAAACUUCCAGUUACAAAAUAAAUAAGUCGCGGUGAUGUAAUGGUGAGUAUGGUUAAUAAUACUAUAUCAUACAUGUGAAAGUCGCUAAGAGAAUAGAUCUUAAAAAUUCUCUUUACAAGAAAAAAUUGUAACUGUAUGUCUUGAUGGGUGUUAACCAGACUUGGUCAUUUCACAAAUUAUGUUGUACAUCUGAAAUUAAUAUUAUGUGUAAAUUAUAUCUCAAAUAGCUUUUUAAAGGACUGGACCUUUUGGAAAAGUACCAAUAUAAUUAUAAUGGGAAGAUUUAGAACUUAUUUUUGUCCUAUUUUGUAAUUUCAU